AACUGCCAGCAACGUCAUUGUGUUAUAAGCGUGAAGUUUCACCCUUUGGUUUCAUUAUCGGAGGAAAACGUGAACAAGAUGAAACUGAUAGUAAGUGUUGUUACCGUCUACAACGUUCUGACUCUGGGUUACUGUCAGGGAAAUCUGUUGAGUCAAGCUGUUCUUACAAAGAAUACCCCAACGUCGCGAACGUUUGUCUGUACGUGUUCCGACGCUGCCAGCUGCACUGCAGACAAGUGGAAGGACCUUCUAGCUGAGUGUCGGCAGAUGUUGGAGAACAUCGACCAUCAGACAACGUCAGAAAACGCACAAGAGACAACCACGCCUGCAGAGGAGACAACGACUCCGACCACCACAGGUCCUGUAUAUAGAGGUUGCUACCAUGAUGACAGAAAUCGUGUCCUUCCUCACGAAUACAUGCUAAACAUCACAAGCAUGACGAUUGACAUGUGUCGAUUUCACUGCACCCAGUAUGGAUACUCCUUCUUCGGACUUUCGGUGGGAACGGAAUGUUACUGCGGUAACAUGAUCAAGAGUGGCUUCAAGAAGGUGCCCGACAACGAGUGCAACUAUCCCUGCGCAGGGGACAACACCGAGAUGUGUGGAGGACCGUGGAGGAUGACCAUAUAUCAGGUUGUUUGACGGUUCUGUAUAUGUGCCUCAGAAAUUAAAGGCAAGAGACGGAACUGGGGAACUUUCCGUGAAACAUUUGCAUAAAUGUGCUUGAAGUUGACUUUGCUGAUCGGUUCAUUACAAGAGUUAUAAACUCACGGGGGAAAGAAACGUCACCUCGAUUUUUUUAACACAAAACAAUAAACUCACAUUAUGGAAAUUUAACAAUCAUUUGUGGAAGAUUAAUGGAUUUACAACAUUCUGAAUGAUGAAAGUGUGAACUACAGAUAUGAAUAAUCACUUACUGUACGAUAAAAGAUUUAAAAAAUCGUGAAGUUUCUUUCACCCGUUUAGUAGCCAUGGUGUGAUCCACAUAUGAAUAACGUAACAUUAAUACUCAUUACACACACAACCUUAUAAUGACCAGAUACACUUCAAUAUAGUCUGUGUUGCACCCUGAUAUUGUUAUGUGUGAAGACAAGAUACGCUCACUCACUGUUCCGUGUGGUACACCCUGUCAUUGUUAUGUGUGAAGACAAGAUACCGUCACCCACUGUGCCGUGUGUUACACCCUGAUAUUGUUAUGUGUGAAGACAAGAUACCGCCGCUCAAUGUGCCGUGUGUUACA